CUGCUGUACCCAACAAUGCGUUGUUGCAGGGCAUUGAACCCGUUGGUACAGAGCUACAGCGGUUUCCCUUUGUCGGCUGCAGACACGUUGGCGGUGCGACAGAAACGACGUAUCUAUGAUAUCACUAAUGUUUUGGAGGGAAUUGGACUGAUCGAGAAGAAGUCCAAGAACAGCAUCCAGUGGAAGGGUGUAGGUCCAGGAUGUAACACCAGAGAGAUCGCCGAUAAGCUAAUUGAUCUGAAGGCCGAGCUAGAUGACCUGGCUCUCAGGGAAAACGAGCUGGACCAGCAGAGAGUCUGGGUCCAGCAGAGCAUCAAGAAUGUCACUGACGACUCCAACAACAGCCCUAUGGCAUAUAUAAAACAUGAAGACCUCUGUGGAGCUUUCAAAGGUGACACACUCCUUGCAAUCCGGGCUCCCAUUGGCACACAACUAGAGGUCCCCAUACCAGAAGCUGUCCUCAACGGACAGAGGAAAUACCAGAUCCGUCUCAAGAGUGCAUCUGGGCCCAUUGAGGUUUUGCUGGUCAAUAAGGACCCAUCCAGUGCCUCUCCUGUUGUUUUGCCCGUCCCUCCUCCAGAUGACAUCCUUCAAAGCCUCCCAGCAACGACGCCUACCUCUCAUCCGUCCACUGCUGCCUCCCAGGUCUCCAAAGCAGCAACGUCUACAAAACCUGGUCCUGCCACGACGUCGGCUCCAGCAGCCAACCAGACUGCCUCACUGACAGAAGUGACAAGCACCACGCCACUCACCCCAAUAACAGAUACACCUGCUGCAGUUACCCAGCAACUACAGUCUUCUGCCUCGUUGGAUGGGUCUGCGUCUUCAUCUGCCUCUGCAGUAUUUGAACCAAUGAAGUCAAAUCCCUCUGAAUUGCUGGACUUCCCCAAAGAGCUCUCUGAAAUGUUUGAUCCAACAAAAGAGAUCAUGAGUGGAGACCUUUUGGAAGACUUGAUGUCAUCAGAAGUGUUCUCGCCUCUCCUGCGUCUGUCCCCUCCACCCAGCGACCACGACUACAUAUACAACCUGGAUGAGACAGAAGGCCUUUGUGACCUCUUUGACGUCCCCAUUCUCAACCUCUGACCCCUGCGACUGUUGUCAGAGUGAGAAAAGGUUCCCCAAACGUGCUUAUCUACCUUCAUUUUCUCCACGUUUUUGAAGGUGAGAAGAGGUGCAAGAAAGCCAACAUGAUCUGAAGAGCGUUGACGGACAUCUCUGCACUGACACGGUGAGCUCAGCCGGAGCUCCGUCAGACAGUAGCUCCGUGUACAGCCUCUUGAGGGAAUACAGGCUAGAACAAAACAUUUUACACACUGCUUUUCCAAGGACACAAAGUCAAAAGAAAUGACAAAUAAUUAUAUUUUUUAGAUUGUUAUGUAAAGUGUUUGUGUAUCAGCUUUCCUGUGUGCUUGUGAGCGAACGUGAGUAGGCAAUACUUUGCUUGUGCGUCUGUGUGUGCGCUUGAGUUUUGUAUUGAACCCUUUUUUUAACUUGAGGCAGAGGUGGGGGGGGGGGAGAGAAAAGAGAAAGCCUUUUCCUAUCAGGUAAAUAGUCAUUGCGUUAAGAGACCAGUCUUUGUCACCCAGCAGCUGCUCGCGCAUGGCUUGAAUGAGUCCAAACACAGCUGGUUAAAUAUGCACUGUCCUCAUGUACAUAGAGAAUAUAUAUUUUGUAUUACCAGCACCCAAGACUAUUGUUUAAUAAUUAACUGCAUUUGUAACCCAGGCAGAGCAAUAGUUUGCAAAUAAACAAACUAAAUAAAUAAAUAAAUAAUAAAGGUUCCAGACUCAUAUAAUCACAUUGUAUGAAUGAAGUGAUUUGUUUCAGAUAAUAGGAAUUGGUCUUAAUCAAACCUCUCAGUGUUGGAAGUAUUUUUUGUGAACCAGUUAGAGAAAGAGGAUCCUAUUGUUGAGUAACUGAAACCAAUUGAUGUUGUGACAUAAAGAGCCAAGGACCAAAACAAUGCAUUGGGGGAGGGGGGGGGGGCCCUUAAAAAGGAAUUCUACCUUUUUACAUGGAACACAUUUUAGGUCAACAAUAGGGCUGUGUAUUGGCAAGAAUCUGGCGAUGCGAUACGUAUCACGAUACACGGGUCAUGAUUCAAUAUAUCACAAUAUAUUUCAAUAUAUUGGG